AUCUAGCGGUUAUGUCGCUUUAUGACGUCUUUACUGUGGCGCCUGCAAUCGCAAGGGCUCCGGAAGCAGAUGUGGAGGUUUUGAGGCCACGAGUAUAGGGUGAGGAGACGGCGUUCCAUAGCAACACAAAGCAUGGCUAGACACCGGAACGUGCGGGGAUACAACUAUGAUGAUGAUUUUGAUGAUGAUGACCUCUAUGGACAGUCUGUGGAUGAUGACUACUGCAUUUCACCAGCAACAGCUGCUCAGUUUAUCUAUUCAAAAAGGGACAGACAUCAAAGCUUUACUGAACCAUUGGAAGAAGAGGGGGAGCUUGAACAGGAUGAAGACAUGAAUAACCCCAGAGGAGCAGACACUGCCCUAAGUUCUGUUGAUCAAGCUCGUCUUCACUCAUGCCUUGACCACAUGAGAGAGGUGCUUGGAGACACUGUAGUGGAGCAAGUUAUGAUUGAUGCUGUGUUGCAGUGUAAAUUUGAUGAAGCCAAAGCUCUGGACCUCGUAUUUCAACAGGACAACAACAAAAACAUAAAGUCUAUAAGUCAAGCUGCAUCUUCAGCAAGGCCAGCAAAAGGAAAAACAAGAGAAUUGUCAUCACCACCCGAAGCACAGUAUGAGAUUGUUCCCAAAAUGGCCAAAAUGAUAGUUUCUGGGAAGAAACAAACCAUGGGAUUUGAUGUUCCAAGCGCAAAGCCAGAACUUAAUGGGCAAAAUGCCAGCACGAAAACCCCAUCUACAGUUGAAGCUUUGGAUGAAGCAGAUAAUGGCUCCCAAUCCGUUGCAUUGCCUAACAUGCCUCAAAGCCCAGAGGAUCCAAAUGCUGCCCCUACCCUUUUGAAAAGCGCCAGUAAAACCAAACGAAAACUCAAUAUUAAAGAAGAGCUGGAGAAAAGGCAAGGAGGAAAACCACUGCUAAAUCUUGUGGUAAUAGGUCAUGUUGAUGCUGGUAAAAGCACCCUUAUGGGGCACCUGUUGUACCUAUUAGGACAUGUGAACAAAAGAACUAUGCAUAAAUAUGAGCAAGAGUCCAAGAAGGCUGGAAAGGCAUCCUUUGCGUAUGCUUGGGUGCUUGAUGAAACUGGAGAAGAGAGACAGAGGGGUGUGACGAUGGAUGUAGGUAUGACUAAGUUUGAAACCAAGUCUAAGGUUAUCACGCUGAUGGAUGCUCCAGGACACAAAGACUUCAUCCCUAAUAUGAUAACUGGAGCUGCGCAAGCUGAUGUGGCCAUUUUGGUUGUAGAUGCCAGCCGUGGAGAGUUUGAAGCAGGUUUUGAAGCUGGUGGACAGACGCGUGAGCAUGCAUUGCUGGUGCGCUCUCUUGGUGUAACGCAACUUGCAGUUGCAGUCAAUAAGAUGGAUCAGGUUAACUGGCAACAGGAACGAUUUUGUGAAAUCACUACCAAACUUGGAAACUUCUUAAAACAGGCUGGUUUUAAGGAAAGUGAUGUGUCGUAUGUUCCUACAAGUGGUCUUAGUGGAGAAAAUCUAGCUAAGAAGAGUACAAUAAGUGAACUCAUAAGUUGGUAUAAGGGACCAUGCCUUAUUGACCAGAUUGAUUCCUUUAAAGCUCCUCAGCGUUCGGUGGAUAAACCGUUCAGAUUAUGUGCCUCUGAUGUCUUUAAAGACCAAGGCUCUGGAUUUUGCGUUACUGGAAAGAUAGAAGCAGGCUAUGUCCAAAGUGGAGACCGCUUACUUGCCAUGCCACCCAAUGAAACUUGCACGGUAAAAGGAAUCACCUUACAUGAUGAAGCAGUUGACUGGGGAGCUGCAGGGGAUCACGUCAGUCUAACAUUAACCGGCAUGGAUAUCAUAAAAAUCAAUGUUGGCUGUGUGUUUUGCAGUCCAAGUGAGCCCAUAAGAGCCUGUACCCGUUUCAGAGCCCGAGUUCUCAUCUUUAACUUUGAUAUUCCUAUUACCCAAGGUUUCCCUGUAAUUAUGCACUACCAAACUGUGAGUGAGCCUGCAACGAUCCGUAAACUCAUCAGUGUGCUGCACAAGAGCACAGGAGAAGUCAUGAAGAAAAAACCAAAGUGCAUAACGAAAGGAAUGAAUGCCAUCAUUGAGCUACAAACACAAAGACCCAUUGCCCUGGAACUGUACAAAGAUUUCAAAGAACUUGGAAGGUUCAUGCUGCGAUACAGUGGGUCAUCAAUAGCUGCUGGAGUAGUCACAGAGAUUAAAGAAUGACACUAAUAAAAGAGGACUUCCACAACUGAACUAAAUCUAUUCAGACUGAUCAUCUGGUUCUCAGCUUCCAGAAGGCCUGGCCUAAGUGCAAUUAAGAGACAUGCAUAAGCUUAGAAAAACCUCAACUCAGCUUCCAAGUGGAGACAGCUUACCAACAUCUGCAAAGCACAAAACAAAGAACACAGAUUCUCCUUUGUGUGCUAAGACCAUCCAUUAUAUUUGCUAAAGUGCUCCUAUAUUUACCGUCCCAAAACAGAUAAUGAAUGCAACUGUUACUGGCAGAAGAGACAAUUUAAGUUACAGAAGCAAUAUUCUGGAGCAUAGCAUGGAUCUACUACCAUGUAGCCAGAGGGCAUGUUUACAGCAUUUUCUCAGAUGUCUGAUUCUCCAUUUUUCUUUUUUAAAAAUAUGGUUCAUUAAAGUAUUAAUCAAAAUUGCUUUUGUGACAACAGAACAAUGCUUAGGAAUCCCUUCCUGGUAUUUUUUUUUUUAACUUUAAAGCAUGACUGAAAGGCUAAAAAGUUUAAACUUUCAAAACGUAUACAUUUGCUGUGUUUAUUUUGAGUUAGAGUGGAGACUGUGCCAAGAUUUAACUAAUUUUAUUAAAUGAUCAAAAUGGAUCUAAAGUAUGGUGGAAUAAAAAAGCUGGUUUGAGCAUA